AUGUCCACCUCCUCCGGUACUCCCGAGUCCUGGAUCUCGUCGUUUUGCUCCCUGCUGGGCCACGAAUACUUUGCCGAGGUGUCAGAGGAAUUCAUUGAGGAUGACUUCAACCUGACUGGCCUGCAGACCCAGGUCGCCAUGUACAAAGAGGCCUUGGAAAUGAUCCUCGACGUCGAGCCAGAAGACGACGAUGACGAAGAAGACGAGGAGGAAGAUGAGGAAGAAGAUGUGUCGGGCGAUGCGCGCGAUGAGCCCGGCGGCCGGGCAGCCCAGGCCGGCGAGAGAAGACACCACAGCCGUAUCGCUAGCGACCUCUCCGUGAUUGAGUCAUCGGCCGAGAUGCUCUACGGACUGAUCCACCAGCGCUUUAUCUGCUCGAGGGCCGGCAUACAGCAAAUGUCGGAGAAGUACGAGCUGGGCCACUUUGGCGUAUGCCCGCGCACAAACUGCAACCAGGCGCGGACGCUCCCCGUCGGCCUUUCCGAUAUCCCGGGCGAGGACACGGUCAAGCUCUUUUGCCCGUCGUGCCUCGACGUCUACGUCCCCCCAAACAGCCGCUUCCAGACGGUCGAUGGUGCAUUCUUCGGCCGCACCUUUGGUGCCCUUUUCCUCCUCACUUUCCCCGAGUACGACCUGACCAAGUCGGGCACAGAGAGCAUCACGAACCUCUCGCGGCCCAGCAACCCCCCCGGAGGCGCCGACGAGUUGCCUAUGAUUAACGGCGUGUAUGCUCGUAACGUAGCGCCGGGCCUUGGGCCAGGCAAGAUAUACGAGCCCAGGAUUUACGGAUUCAGAGUGUCAGAGCUGGCGCGCUCGGGACCUCGCAUGCAGUGGCUGCGCGAUAAGCCUGCGGACAUCAAGGCGCUUGACGAAGCCCGCCUGUUUACCGAGGACCAAGGUGGCGAUUCGGAAGAUGAUGACGAGAGCAUGAUUAUGAACGGCCGGCCGAGCGGGCGGAGACGCGCGCCAUUGAACGCGAGAUCUCGACAGCAGCAACAGCAGCAGAGGCAGAUAGGGAACGGGAGCCCAAUGAUGGUGGAGGCAAACGGCGGUGUCGAGUCAGAAUUGUAG